AUGGCAGUAUGUAACCAUUGUUUUAUCUUCAUCCUAUCUGUUUUCCUUUCUUUAUCUGUUUCUCUAUCGCUUUCCGAUGCUGAAGCAUCCUCUAUUGCCAGACGCCAACUCAUACACCUACACGAAAAUGACAAUUUGCCGGACGAUUAUGAAUCCAAAGUUAAGGUGAAUUUUACGUUUUCAAAUCAUCGGCUACGGCGCGCAUAUAUUGCACUGCGUGCUUGGAAACGUGCGGUGUAUUCAGACCCGUCGAAACUUACGAGGAAUUGGAAAGGUCCCGAAGUUUGCAAAUACAACGGCGUGUUUUGUUCCCCUGCUCUCGAUGAUCCCAAGGUUACCGUUGUCUCCGGCGUUGAUCUAAACCACGCCGACAUCGCCGGAUUCCUCCCCGCCGAGCUUGGGUUAAUGACGGACUUGGCGCUUCUCCAUCUCAAUUCCAAUCGGUUUUGCGGGAUUAUUCCCAAUAGUUUCUCGAAGCUUACGUUGUUGCACGAAUUGGACGUGAGCAAUAAUCGAUUUGUCGGGAAGUUUCCUGAGGUUGUUAUUCAAAUGCAGAGCCUGAGAUAUCUUGAUUUGAGGUACAAUAACUUCGAAGGGAAGCUCUCGGAGGAACUGUUUCACAAAGAGAUGGACGCGAUUUUCUUGAACAACAAUCGAUUCUCCUCCACGAUCCCCGAAAGUAUCGGGAAUUCCUCGGCGUCUGUUGUGGUGUUCGCUAACAAUAAUUUCAAGGGGUGCAUUCCCAGCAGCGUUGGGAGAAUGGCGAAUUUGAGGGAAAUUGUGUUGUUGAACAAUGAUCUUAUGGGGUGUAUGCCGCCGGAGAUUGGGAAACUGCAAAAUGUGACGGUUUUCAGUGGCGCUGGGAAUAAAUUUUCUGGGAUUUUGCCUGAGGGGUUUAGUGGGCUCGAGAAGGUUGUGGAAUUGGAUGUUUCUGGGAAUGUUUUGACUGGGAUUGUCCCGGAGGGGAUUUGUAGGUUGCGGAAUUUGAAAAAUUUUACGUUUGCUUAUAAUUAUUUUAAUGGGGAGGAGAAAGGGUGUGAUCCGAGUUUAAGAAAAGAGGUUGUGUUGGAGGAUAAGAGCAAUUGUUUGCCAGGACGGCCUAAUCAGAAGGCUCAGAAAGAUUGUCAUAAGGUAGUGAGCAAACCGGUUGAUUGUAGUAAGGCCAAAUGUGGUGGUGGGAAAUCUCAUAAAACCCCACCAAAAGUUGCGCCGCCGCCGCCGCCACCACCACCGCCCUUCUUGUCUCCUCCGCCGCCCCCUCCGCCACCUCAUCCGCCGCCACCAAUGCAAUCCCCACCCCCUCCGCCACCUCACUCGCCGCCGCCACCAACACCAUUGCAAUCCCCACCCCCUCCGCCACCUCCCCCUCCGCCACCUAAGCACUACCAUGAUGUUAUCAUUCCUCCAGAUAUUGGUGCAGUUUACACCUCACCACCCCCACCUAUUUUCAAAGGAUAUUAA